AUGCCACCAAAGAAGGCAGACCCAAAGGGAGGCAAAGCCGCUCCAUCCAAGAAGAAGGAGGGAUCCGGAGGAGGAAAGGCCAAGAAGAAGAAGUGGUCAAAGGGAAAAGUUCGUGAUAAGUUGAACAACAUGGUCCUUUUCGAUCAAGCCACUUAUGACAAACUUUACAAAGAGGUAAGAUUUUGGUGAACUUUGAUAUCAUCAAUCAAUUUCUUUCUGUUUCUAGGUCAUCACCUACAAAUUGAUCACCCCAUCAGUUAUCUCCGAAAGACUGAAGGUCCGUGCUUCGCUCGCCAACGCUGGACUCAAAGAAUUGGAAGCCAAGGGACUCGUCAAAUGCGUUGUUCGUCACCACGGGCAAGUUGUUUACACCAGAGCCACCAAGGAAGCUGAUGUUAUUGUUGAAUAA